UACGCCAUAUCAUCACAUGGGAUCAAUCCAACUGCCUUAGCUCUACGCAAUUCACCUCGCCGGUCCUCCAUCCAAUGUCGUAUUCCGACCAAAAUCCGGCCAAACCCAGAGUCGUCUGCUGCAUUGGCGACGUCCAUGGAUUCUUAUCUAAGCUCCAAAACUUAUGGUCGAACCUCGUGUCCCAAUUCGACCCAUCGGAUUUCGACUCCGCCCUAAUCAUCUUCUUGGGCGACUACUGCGACAGGGGAUCGAAUACCCGAGAAGUAAUCGAUUUCUUGCUCAAUUUACCCUCCAGAUACCCGAACCAGAAGCACGUUUUCCUCUCCGGCAAUCACGACUUCGCCUUCGCCGCUUUCCUCGGAGUUUUGCCUCCUCCGGCCGAUGGAUCGGCGUUUUCGGAUACGUGGAAGCAGUACGAGGAGAAUGAAGACCGGGAAGGGUGGUUCAGGGGAGAGGGGUAUGAGAAUAUGCAUUUGCAAGGGAGGAGAUGGGCUGGGAAAAUUAAGGCAAAGACCAAUCUGGCGAAAGGUACUGAUUAUAAGGGUUCCAUCUACGAUGCUGGACCGACGUUUGAAUCAUAUGGUGUUCCUCAUGGAUCUGCUGAUUUGGUCAAGGCAGUGCCUGAUGAACACAAGAAAUUCCUUUCCAAUAUGGUUUGGGUACAUGAAGAGGAUGAUGUCUGUGUGGAGACGAAGGAUGGAAUCAAACACUGUAAAUUGAUUGGCGUCCAUGCUGGCUUGGAGAAAGGGAAAGAUGUUCAAGAGCAACUGAAGCUUUUGAAAGCCAAAGACACCAAAGUGCCCAAGAUAGAGUGUUUAAGUGGGAGGAAAAAUGUUUGGGACAUCCCAGAGGAACUAUCUGAGAAGCCAACAAUUAUUGUAAGUGGACACCAUGGAAAGCUCCAUAUAGAUGGCUUAAGACUCAUCAUUGAUGAAGGCGGCGGACUGGAGGAUAAUCCUGUUGCUGCAAUCGUGCUUCCAUCGAUGAAAAUUGUUCGUGAUACUGAUAACAUGAUGCAGUAGUAAUUUUUUCUGCCGAUCGACUGUCCUGAUAGUUAAGCAUACAAUCGAGGUUAGAAACACCUUUUAUUAGUAUACGAAAAUGAUAAUUGAGUUGCAUCAUGUCUCUUUUUGUCUUGUCUAAUCACUUCAUGAUGCGUUAUUUUGUAUCAUAAGCUCACCUCGUACUGUUCUUUAAUAAGUAUUUUUUGACUCCAAUUCUUGCUAUGGCUGCUUUGCCUCUUCUAAUAUGGUAUUUGAUCACAUAGCAAAGUUCUAUUGAUCAGACAUCUCAUACACAGAUUUUAGCCAUAAUCAGUCUUUCUUCUCGAGUGAGAUUCCAGUUCUUUGGAGAAGUCCGGAUAUCAUAGAUUUCUUUCAUUUUGUUUAUUUUUUCUACACAUUUCCUCAUUCCAAACAUAGCCUGUGUAUAUAUUAAAUGUGGUAUUUACUAUUUAGUAUAACAAAGAGGUUGAAACUCACCCCAAAGGGCAAUACCCUCAGAAGUCCAAGUUCAAUCUCCCCGGUUGGAACUUAAUAAAAAACUUCUUGUUGUCUCUCCAAGCUCGCAUUCGGGUGGGCGAAGCGAAGCCUCCCUGUAUUAGUAGGUGAGUCAUAGUAAGCAUAAUUAGGGUGUGGGUCCCAAUACUAUGAUAUUUCAAGGAAAAAACAAACACAGAACAGUGGGGAUAAAUUUUUCUUUUUCGACAUGUGGGGCUGGAGAUUUAAACUUCUGAUAUUUUGGUCGAAGAUGAGGAUAUAAUACUCAGGCUGGCAGUGGAAAUGAAUCUCAAGAGCUUCCUAUUUGUACUUAUUUACUUAUUUUCUUAUAGUUUCCUUUUAGAAAGAGAUAAAGGUAUGAUACGUUGUAUAAAUAUAGUAUCAGGGGUAUGCUUUUUUAUUUUUGGUAUCAUAAUAUUGUCAUUUGCCACCUUAACUUCUUUAGUUUACAGAUUGACCUGAAUUAUGAUAUUGCAGCAUAAUCGACGUUGAAUCUUUUACAGAUUGACCUGAA